AUGUGCGCCACACAAUGGCGCUCAAUCAAAGGCGGCAUCGACAAGAACUUAACCCUCAUCGCCGACGCGAAGCUCCCCAAGAAUGCUUCAUCGCUUCCUAAAGGAAAAACCCUUGUCAGGGUCGCAUACGCAUCGGUCAAUCAUCUCGACUACAAAGUCGCUGAGAUGCCUCUCACUAACUUCAUGUUCUCCAAACCCGUCACGCCAGGUCUUGACUUCUCCGGCACCAUAGUCUCCACGACACUGGAUGAGUUUCAGUCCGGUCAGAAGGUAUUUGGAAGAACAGAGCUACCAACUGGUGGAACUCUUGCAGAGUAUGUUGUUGUUGGGAGCAAGGGAAUGGCACCGUUGCCAGAUGGUGUUGAGCUUAGAGAUGCAGCUUGUUUGGGGAUAUGUGGCACAACGGCUUUGCAGUGCAUGUCGCCAUUUGUGAAAGAGGGGGAUAGGGUGUUUAUUAAUGGUGGCAGUGGAGGUGUUGGAGUUUUUGCGAUUCAAGUUGCCAAAGCUUUGGGGUGUUCCCAUGUCACGGUCACUUGCUCCGCUUCGAAUGCCGAGUUCUGUCGAAGCCUUGGUGCUGAUGAGACUAUUGAUUACCAGUCUGAAGAUCCGAUUGAAGUGCUGAAGAAGAAGGAGGAUAAGUUUGACUUCAUUCUCGACACGGUCUUCAACGAUCCAGAUCUCUACUGGCAGUCCCAUCAGUAUCUCAAACCCGACGGCCAGUAUGUUUGCGUUGGUCUACCACCACGCUUUCAGACCUUCAAAUCCCUACUUACUAUCAACCUGUUACCGAGAUGGUUGGGUGGUGGGAAGAGAAAGUUCAAGUAUCAUUCUGUGACGGCGAACAGGAAGGACUUUGGGCGGGUUGCAGAUUGGAUGAAGGAUGGGAAGAUCAAGGCUGUUAUUGAGGAGGAGUUUGGGCUGGAGGAUGCGGGGAGGGCGUAUGCGAGGUUGAAGGAGGGGAGGACGAGAGGGAAAUUGGUUGUGCGUGUUGGAAGUGAAGCUGUUGUUGAUUGA